CGAAGGUUUACCGGCUUUCCAGCGAGCACUGCAACUCCAGUUUGGCCCCAAACUUUGGUUUCUUCAGAUUGGAUCUCAUUGAGUAUUGUACGCUUGUAGAGACCGGUUCACGUCUAGGGUAAUUUUGAAUUUCGCGCGUUGUUUUGCCGUCGCUCUUGCGCUAUCUGUGAAUAUAGAUUUGGCUGGAAAGGAUUCCUGUGGAUUUGGUUUGACGAUUGAUUAAAUGAGUUGUGAGUGUAGGUCCGGUCGUGGUAUUUAGGAAGCAAAUAGUAUAGUCCUACUGCGGAGCAGCGGUUUUGGUUUUGGAAGUGCGUGGGUGAUUUAUCUGUUGAAUUUGUUAAUUCAGAAAAGGACGGAGUUUAGGUAUAUCUUCGGUUAGUGGUGUUUCUCUGGCAGUCCUAAAUAUCGGGGGUGACUCUAUUCCUAUUCCUUACUAUUGCCGAAAACUUCUCGCGUAACGAAAAGUGUGUGUACUUUCUGUGAUAUGAAAUAAGUUCUUGUGUUAAUAACUUCAAGGAUUAAAGAGCUCGCAGUUCCGCUAAUAAAUCUAAAGGCGCAUUUGGGGCAAAUUCGAAUUAUCAACCAACCAAGAAGAUGUGCGUCCGUGUCAGCGAAAUUUAAGGUGUUUGGAGUCGCGGUCGUGCGGCGUAGCACGCAAACUUUACAGGACCUGGUCGCUAACUGGGAGGCACGCCAGCGAGUCAGGUGAAUUCAGGUGUCAACAGCUUAAAAGGCCACGUUAAAUUAGUAGUCAGGAAUUGUGUGCAUAAUGCCAGCAAUAGUUGUUGAGGACGUUGCCCUCAACUAUACCUCCGUGGCCAGUGCAGCUUUCCCUUCUGCAACAGACGUGUUUGCGCUCCCAUUUCCGUUAGCCACUUCAGCAGCGAACGAUAGCGAUGAUCUUUGGUCUAGACAGUUUUCGGCGGAUGAUGAUACAUAUCACGGAAUAGGAACAUCUUUUCUGGGGUUUUACGAUGAUGAUGAUGACGACUUUGGAUCACCUAUGCCCUUCGAUGCUAGUGAAAAUGGGUUAUGGAAUGGAAGAUUCGUCCCACCGCCACCUCGACCUCCAUUCUUGGAGGAGUCGAUAAUUGCCGAUGGAAUUACCACCUGUGAUUUAUGCUCGUGGGCAAGACCCACAAAGACAUCGUUUACAUUCGAUGGAACUAUUGAACGGGCAUCAGAAUUAGGUUGGCCACUAGCUAUAAUAAUCGUUUCGCUCCUGUCCGCAAUAAUAGGUGCAAUACUAAUGAUCACUAUCGUUCGGUACAAACGGAAAAAAUCAUCAAAUAGAAAUGAAACGAAUGCAGUCCAGUGGUGGUCAAGGAACAAGCAGCGUCCCCACACACAGUCCAUACGGAGAAACAACAUAUACACCGGCAACCCGUCCGAUAGCAUCCGCGGCCUGCAUCACAAUAUCCAUCACAAUCAUCAUCAUCUUCACCAUCAUAACAACAACCACAACAAUAACAACCACGGGGUCGAAUCGUGCAAUUGGCCAAACGUAACGAGUUUUGUGGUGAACAGCUGAAAGUAAAGGAAACCGAUAUCGCCACCACGCAGCCACAACACUGCCUGUGUCCUGUGGGAAGCCAAAGGGUUGGAGUUCUCUUUCUUUCCAUGUCGAUUUCGACGACUAUCAAAGCGCUUUUGUUCUAAAUGGAAAAUUAUUUUUGGGAGUGCGAGACCCCCCAACAAAGCGGAGGCUUGUUUGCACUAGUGCCAUGUUAGCGGACUGAAGUUUCCUAGGACGGGCUCCUCGCGAUGUCGCAGGACUCCCGUGCGAUUUGAACUGAUCCUGCCCAUUCACUCUUGUUACUCUUCUAUUCUGGUUAAACAUCCGUCACGGGGCUUAGCCGGGGCCACGGGGCACAACAGCAAUUCAAUGAGUCGCCAUCCCUCACCGUGCCCCUUUCAUUCAACGCUGCUUCAGGAUGUGGUCAAUUGUCAUGUCCGCUGGUGCGUCGGGAGUGGACUGCAGAACUGACGCCGCCACCGCCGCAAUCCAAGGGUGUAUCCUGCUUCUGUCGAGGCCGCCGAUUGCAGAUAGUUUAAGUUUGAAAUACAAUUUUGUAAAUAUUUCCCAUGGAACAGUUGCCUAUGGCCAACUCUCAGCAGGAAACACGAAAAGCCUUUUUUGAGUUUCCCUUGUACAGUUUUUAGUCGAUGCCAAAGAUUAGAAUGUAAAACGAUAUACGAGACGGUAUUAAGGAGAGGUUGGGAGGAGACGUUGUAUGCAAAUGUAAUUUUAUAGACUACGAGUACGUAAUUGUUUUUUUUUUGUGGAGCAAAAAAAUCGAAUUGAGAGGAGAAAAUAAAGGAGGAAUGAAACUGAUAAUUGAA